AUGAAGGCCUCCAUGACCAUCAAUGAGGCUGCAAAUGCCGCCACAAGUGGUGCUGCAGUGAAGGCUCUCACCAAUUUGUUCCCAGGAGCCAAUCAGACCCAGCAGAUCAUGUCCUUCCUGAGGGCUACCAAGGACUCACAGGGUGUGGCCUUCAAGCUGGGCCAGAAGGUGUGUGGGGCAUGCAUCCUUGCGCGCGGGCAGGAUGGCUCCAACCAGUAUGGCAAGGACUAUGGCAGCGUCAACACUUCUCCAUAUGCAGAUGCGACCAACUAUUUCCCUGUCAACGACCCGCAGAUGAUACCUGGCAUCACAGAAUGCAGGGGCUUGCGGUCUCGCAACAAUUGGCAGCCACUGUGUGUGCCCAAGAAGCACUGGGUCACAGAGCAGCCGCUCACGGAAUCAGAAUGCACUGUCCAGUCCUUUUCUGGGCCUUGGGCCUCCUAUUGCCAUCCCAUGUUCAUGACCAGCCCUGAUGAAUUUUUGAGACUCACACCUGGUCCCCCUUGCCUGGACUCUCCCUCCGGCGAUGCUGAGUACAGGAAGCAGGCCAAAGAUGUGCUGGACCAUUCCGCUGCCCUGUCAGAUAUGGAGAAGGCUAUAACUGAGUACUGGGCUGAUGGACCUAAGACAGUCCAGCCUCCCGGCCAUUGGAUGCAUUUUGCUGCAGAUGCUGCUGUGCAGAAGGUGGAGGCAUGGCAAGGGUCAUACAAAGGCGUGGGCUUCAUCAACGGAUCUUGCUGGCAGCCAUACCAGGAGUCUACCUUUGUGACCCCACCCUUUCCGGGCUAUGUCAGCGGGCACUCCACGUUCAGCGCCGCGGCGGCAGAGUUUCUGCAGCUGUACUUUGGCUCUGAUUCGUUCCAGGGACCGGCCUGCAGCCUCCGAGAAGAGGGAAUGAGCAUCUAUGAGCCCCGGCUGCUGAAGGGCCAGGCCGGUCAUGUUGCAGGCUUCACUGAUAUCCCCAACACAGGCAAGAACAGCAAGGGCUACUCUCCGGCCCAGGAUCUGGUCAUGUGCUGGAGCACAUUCACAGAGGCUGCAACUCAGGCUGGAAUUUCGCGCAUCAUGGGAGGCAUCCACACCCACUCAGACAAUGUGGACGGCUUGAGCAUGGGCCGCGCAGUGGGCCAGCUGGUCUACAAGAAGGCCUCCAAGCUUUGGGCUGCAGCAGCAACUCAAGCUGCCCCUUGA